UAUUAAACCCAGGCGGAGUGUGAACAUGUGAACACAUGAGGAACUGUUCAGAGAAUGCACCGAGCACAGCAUCGUCUUCAGUCGGAUGUUGUUUUGGAAAGCAGAGGUGUGGCGAAUAUGAGGAUGAAGCGCCCCCUGCUGUUGAUGCUGCUCCUGCACCUUGUGCCUGAGAGUCAGGCGCUGCGAUACUCCAACAAUUACUACUACCAGGACUUAUCACCUGAUGGCAAUGGAAACGGAGAGAUAUAUUUCAGUGGUGUGCGUCUUCACGUGGAAUCUCCACAAUCUUUGGUGUCUGCUGUACAAGGAGGCAAUGUGACUCUUCCGUGUGUGUACCGGUAUGAACCGGCGGUCAGUUCGCCUCGCAGGACAAGGGUGAAGUGGUUCUGGCAGCCGAACAUAGGUGAAACCAAAGAGCUGCACGUCAUGGUGGCUUUUGGGUCCCGUCACAGGAGUUACGGUGACUUCCGGGGUCGCGUGCGUCUGCGUAGAAGCUCUCCAGGCGACGCGUCUCUGGUCAUCAACCCGCUGCUGAGCGACGACACUGGGCGCUACCGUUGUGAGAUUAUCGACGGCCUGGAGGACGAGAGCGUCACUGUGGAGCUUCAGUUUCGGGGUGUUGUGUUCCCAUAUUACUCUCCCAUGGGUCGCUACAAGUUUAACUUCCAGGAAGCUCAAGAGGCAUGUGAGCAGCAGGGUGCUUGCUUGGCCACCUUUGAGCAGCUGUUUGCAGCUUGGGAGGAAGAAAAACUUGACUGGUGCAAUGCUGGCUGGCUAGCUGAUGGGACAGCACAGUACCCUGUUUCAGUGCCUCGAGAUGCCUGUGGCGGUACAGACCUGGCACCGGGCGUUAGGAGCUACGGCAUACGCAGCAAAACCACUGACCACUUUGAUGCAUUCUGCUUUAUUUCUUCAAUCAGAGGUGAGGUUUACUUCCUGGAGCACCAGCUCAAGCUGAACUUCUCUGAGGCAGUGGAGGAGUGUGCGCAGGAUGGUGCUCAGAUUGCUAAAGUGGGUCAGCUGUAUGCAGCGUGGAGGUUUACAGGGUUGGAUCAGUGUGAUGCUGGUUGGCUGGCUGAUGGCAGUGUGCGUUACCCUAUCACCAAACCCAGAGCCAACUGCGGCCCCCCUGAACCUGGUGUACGGAGCUUCGGCUUCCUGCCCCAGCACUUAAAAUAUGGAGUUUACUGUCACAAAGUCAGAUGGUAAGAUUCUGACACAACUGUGGUCAUCGAUUUAAAAAUCAACCAACACAAAUGUGAAUUCCGGCAGAUGAUAUAUGCUUUGAUGAGUCACCUUCUAAUUCUUGUAAUACAAAUGAAGAGUGUCAAAGCUGUUCCUGUGUAUCUGCAAGCAGCUUAGUUGUGAUUUAAACGGACUGAUUUGUCUUCCGUGAUUUUACAUUUUCUGAUUUUAUACAUGCAUUAUAUGAAAUUAAACAUUAAACCAAGUGUCACUCAGGGAAUAGGUCUGCAGAAACUGCCCUUGGUAAAUUCUCUCACAUCAACUAAACCAAUGGACUUCACUGUACAGUAUAAUACACAUAGUGUGUUCUACCAUCACAUGUACUCCAGGAAUGUACUAUAUCAUAUAAAUGGUGUCUAUAUUCACAUAUAGUCUAUAUGUACAGGAAUGUGUAUGUGUGUAUAUUUAACAGUUAUUCCACAAAAUCGAGACGUACAUGAGCUGAUAGCCGACAUGGCGCAUAGCGCAGAGUUGGCUAUAAGCCAUGUAUGACGAGAUUGAGUGGAAUAACUGUUUUAUUCUAUCCACAUUCACUGGAUUUUGAGAAACGGAGCAUUUUUAUUUUUAUUUUUUGCAAAUUCGAUCACUUUAUGCAAAACAUCAUUUCCGCUUAGAAUGUAAACAAACUGGCGAAAUGACAGUAGUAAUUUGUGAAAAAUGCUAUAAUAAUAAUAAUAAUGCUUGAAAAAUACAAAGAGAUAUGUUCUUACCAUCAAAUACUUGUAUUCCAUAUUUUGUUGCUUUUUUUGUAUUUUGGGGGGUUUUUGUUUUCGAGUAGAGUUUUUAUUUUGUCCUCAGUUGGUUCAGCAACACGCUCCACCAUUUUGUUUUUCUCUACUCACGGUAUAUGAGCUGAUAUCCUAGUAGUAGAGUAGCCUAUCAGAGCACACGAUUGCUCAUAUCCAGUGAAUGUGGAUAGAGUAAAUGUAUACACAUAUACACAUCACCUUUGCAAAUUUAUGUGUACUGUACCACCUUUACAUAUAACACCUUUAUAAAUUUCACAUACUUACAUAUACAUGCAUCAAAGCAAGCCAUAAUGGAAGUUGAUCUUUUCCCAAAGGUCUGUGAUGUAUUUUUGCUCAAAUGACAGAAAACUUUGCAUAUGUAGUAUCCUACAUAUAGUCACUUGUUUAAUUUCACUAACUGUGUUUAUGCCAUAGUCCGUGCAUGUUUGCAGUUUAUUGUGUUUAAACAAAAACAACAUGCAGAUGUCUUAUUAACUACCAUUUUAGAUAAUAAAAGUUUUUUC